GAGUUGGUGAAGGACAAUGGCGCCUGUUAAAGAGCUGCUCGUGGACUCACUGAAGGAGCUGGUAGAAGCUGAACUGAAGGAGUUUCAUUGGCGCUUAAUGAAUGCACAUCAUAAGUGUAUAUCAAAGUCUGAAAUGGAAAAGGCAGAUAUAUUCGACACAGUGGAAAAGAUGGUGGCAUGCUUUGGACAAGAAGGAGCUGUAAAGAUCAUGGUGGACAUCCUGAGAAAGAUGAAGCAUAAUGAUUUGGCUGAUCAGCUGGAGAAUGAACACAAGCAAGGUAACAUUUCUCAGACUGAGGGAAAUAUGAAGACAUCUGUCCCUGUUGGAGUUAUCAUUAUAGAACUGCAAAACUUCUUGAAAACUCACAAAAACAAUAUGAUGAAGAGAGCAAAAUAUAUUUUUGAGGGCAACAAAGAAAACGACACAGAUCUCAAGACUGUUUAUACAGAGCUGUUCAUCACUGAGGGAGAUAUGAAAGAUGUCAAUACUGAACAUGAGAUUCUGAAGGUUAAUGCUUUCAGGAACAAAAAAACACUAGACAAACCAAUCAAAUGCAAUGCUAUAUUUACUGAACUGAGGAAAAAAAAUGAGGAGAAGAUUGUGUUGACCAAAGGAGUUGCUGGCAUCGGAAAAACUGUCUCUGUGCACAAGUUCAUCCUGGACUGGGCAGAAGGAAACACCAGUCAGGAUAUAAACUGUGUGUUCCUGCUUCCAUUCAGAGAGAUAAACGUUAUUAAAGAUAAAGACAUCAGUCUCCAUGAGUUUCUGUUGAAAUUUUAUCCUGAACUGAAAGACCUAGAGAAAUCAAAUUUAUAUAAGGAAUGUAAGCUAGCAUUUAUAUUUGAUGGACUUGAUGAGAGUCGACUGCCAUUGAACUUUAAAAGUGACACGCUGGACACUGUUGAGGAAAGAGCAUCUGUAGAUGUGCUGUUUACAAGUCUGGUCAAAGGUAAGCCCCUUCAGUCAGCUCUUGUGUGGGUAACCUCACGACCAGCAGCAGCCAAUCAGAUCCCUCCUCGGUUUGUGGGUUUGUUCACAGAGGUGAGAGGAUUCACUGAUGAACAGAAGGAGGAGUACUUCAGAAAGAGAAUCACAGAUGAGACUCAAGCCUCCAGAAUCAUCUCACACAUUAAGACGUCUCGUAGUCUCUACAUCAUGUGCCACAUUCCUGUGUUCUGCUGGAUCACAGCCACAGUACUUCAGGAUAUUCUCAUCAAGAACAAUACAGAGAACAUAAGCACAACACUCACUGAAAUGUACAUUCACUUCCUGCGGAUACAGAUGAACAUUAAGAGUCAGAAGUAUGAUGAACAAGAAGAAAGUGAAUGUACAGAGCACUUAAAAUUAAAUAGAAAGAUGAUUUUGAAGUUAGCUAAGUUAGCAUUUGAACAUCUGAAGGAGGAAAACAUUGUGUUCUAUGAGAAAGAUCUGAAAGAAUGUGGUAUUCAUGUGAGUAAAGACACUGAGUUCACAGGAAUGGUCGCUGAGAUCUUUAGAAAGGAAGAUGGACUUUAUAAGACAAAGGUCUUCAGCUUUGUGCAUCUGAGUGUUCAAGAGUUCCUCGCUGCAGUGCAUGUGUUCAUCUGCUACCUGAACAAGAACAAGCGAGAGCUUCAGUUUUUCUUUGAAGAUUCACAAAAUACAGCCAGACAAAAGCUUCAGUUCUUCUUUAGAAAUGUCAAAUUUCAUGACUUAAUAAAGAGAGCCACUGAUAAAGCUAUAAAUAGUAAGAGAGGACAUCUGGACCUGUUCCUGAGGUUUCUGAUGGGCAUUUCACUGGAAUCCAGUCAGAACAUGCUCAAAGGCCUGAUCACACACACUAAAGACACCAGUGUGAGCAUCAGACAAACCACUGAACACAUUAAAGAAUUACAAAAACAGGACAUCUCAGAUGAAACGUCAGUCAACCUUUUCUACUGCUUACUUGAGCUGAAAGAUAAUUCAUUAUAUGAGGAAAUUCAGAGUUACCUCAGUUCAGAUGCACAUCCAGGAAGAGACCUCUCAUCUUCAAUGUGCACAGUGAUGACCUACAUACUGCUGAUGUCAGAGAAGGUGCUGGAUGAGUUCAGUCCAAAGAGGUUCACGUCACCUUCAAACUACAAGAGACUCAUUCCAGCUGUGAGAUGCUGCAGAAAAGCCCUUUUUGACGGCUGUGCUCUUGAUGAAACAUGCUGUGAAACUGUGUCUUCUGCUCUAAAAUCAUCAAACUCUCAUCUGAUGGAGCUGGACCUGAGUAGCAAUCAUCUGCAGGAUUCAGGAAUGAAGCUGCUUUCUGAUGGACUGAAGAGUUUACACUGUCAACUGAACAUACUGAGGCUAUGUGGAUGUAUUCUCACUGCUCAAUCCUGUGAGAGUUUGUCUUUAGCUCUACAAUCCUCAAAUUCCCAUCUAAAUGUGCUGGACCUGAGUAACAAUGACCUGCAGGAUUCAGGAGUGAAGCUUCUUUCUGAAGGAUUGAAGAGUCCAUACUCUAAGCUGAAGAUAUUGAGAAUUUCCAUCUGUAACCUCACUGCUCAGUCUUGUGAGAAUUUGUCAUCAGCUCUACAAUCCUCAAAUUCACAUUUAACUGAGCUGGACCUGAGUAACAAUGACCUGCAGGAUUCUGGAGUGAAGUUUCUAUCUGAUGGACUGAAGAGUCUAAACUGUCAGCUGGAUAUACUGAGGUUGUCUGGCUGUAUGGUGACAGAGGAGGGCUGUUGUUAUGUGCUGUCAGCUCUGACUUCAAACCCCUCAUGCUUGAGAGAGCUGGAUCUAAGCUAUAAUCACCUUGGGGAUUCAGGAGUCAACCUGCUCUCUGAAAAACUGGAGGAUCCAAACGGCUCACUGGAUAAUUUAAAUGUGGAUCAUGGAGGAGAAUCCAGGAUUACAACAGGACUACAGAAAUAUGCCUGUUUUCUCACACUGGAUCCAAACACAGCAAACACUCAUCUCAUUCUGUCUGAGGAGAACAGAAAGGUGACAGGUGUGGAAGAGUCUCAGCCGUAUCCUGAUCAUCCAGACAGAUUUGAUGAUGUGUGUCAGGUGUUGUGUAGAGAGAGUGUGUGUGGACGCUGUUACUGGGAGAUUGAAUGGAGUGGAGUUUAUGGUGUGUUUAUAUCAGUGUCAUAUAAGAGAAUCAACAGGAAGGGACGGGGUGAGGAGUGUGUGUUUGGAUUUAAUGAUCAGUCCUGGAGUUUGUUCUGCUCUCCUGACAGUUUCUCAUUUAGACACAAUAACAAACAUACUGUUCUCCCUGUGAACUCCAUCAUCAGUAGAAUAGGAGUGUAUGUGGACCACAGUGCAGGAACUCUGUCCUUCUACAGGGUCUCUCACACAGUGAGCCUCAUCCACACAGUCCAGACCACAUUCACUCAGCCGCUCUACCCUGGGUUUGAUGUUCAUUAUUGUGGAUCAUCAGUGAAACUGUGUUGAUGAAUCAGAUGAGACUGACGACUAAUAAUAAUAGGGGAGGUGUUGACGCAGUGGAUAAGACACACCACCUUUGGUGUGAGAGACCCGGGUCCGAAUCCACUGUGAGACACCAAUGUAUCCUGAGCAAGACACGUAACCCCUAGUUGCUCCAGAGGCGUGCAACCUUUGACAUAUAUAGCAAUCGUAAGUCGCUUUGGAUAAAAUCGUCAGCUAAAUGAAUAAUUGUAAAUGUA